CCUGAAAAAUAAUAUGCGCCAACUGAUUUAAAAUGGGAAAACCUCCAGAGCGGCGUAGGACACGGAGAACUUAAGGUCAAAGCCUCGGAUGCUGGCUCCGUUAGGCGUUAGGCGAACACCAGAGCCGAAGACCCUGGGAUCUAAUCCAUAAUGUUCGUUUGCGACAUAUUCGCAGUAAGAACAGAAACAUCUACAAACUACACCCCGAAAGUGUCAACCUCUAUUUGCGAGUUCUGGGAACAACAGCUAACUUCAGGAAAUAAAACCCGCGUCGCUGGAGCUCAUCGGGGCAGUCCAUUUGGGUUCCCUCUGAACGUGCCUUAUCCUCCGUUCUCGUCUCUCGAAGCGUACUGUAUCCUCCUCAUCAUGACGCCUCACAGAGCGACUGCACUCCUCCGCAACCUUGGUCACCAACCGAUGAGAAGACCUACACUCACCAUCACGCAGCAAUCAGCCACGUGCGGUUCCGUAGAAGAGCCUCAAGGAACACCCACAAAUGACUACGAUCCGGGAUAUAGCUUGACACUGUUAAUCUAAAAACAAUAAACACAGAAAGCUUCUUGU